AAAUGAAGAAACCCACAUAUCGGAGAUGACAGAGAGCAACGUUAACGAAUAACGAUCCCAUUCCCAUUAAUGCAAUUCAACUAUCAAGAACAAAGAAACGCUCCGAUAUUCAACAACAAUGGGUUUGAGAUCCCUCUUCAACCGCAACAAUGAGGCGAACCUCUCCGCCGCGCCCUCCCGGUCGACGUCGCUCUCGGUGCGGUCGCGGACGCGCCUGGCGGGGGAGCUGGAGGAGGUGUUCAAGAAGUUCGACGUGAACGGCGACGGAAAGAUCUCGGCGUCGGAGCUGGGGUCCAUAAUGGGGAGCCUGGGGCAGCCGGGCACGGAGCAGGAGCUGGAAAAUAUGAUCCGCGAGGUGGACGGCGACGGCGACGGCUGCAUCAACCUCCAGGAGUUCAUCGAGCUCAACACCAAGGGCGUGGACUCCGACGAGGUCCUGGAGAACCUGAAGGACGCCUUCGCCGUCUUCGACAUGGACGGCAACGGCUCCAUCAGCGCUGAGGAGCUGAACACCGUCAUGCGCAGCCUGGGCGAGGAGUGCUCCCUGGCCGAGUGCCGUCGCAUGAUUGGUGGAGUCGACAGCGACGGCGACGGCACCAUCGACUUCGAGGAGUUCAGAAUGAUGAUGAUGAUGGGCUCUCGCCAUGACACCUCCGAUAGGGUUAAACCCACUGAUCAAGCUAUUUAAUUUGACAACAUCUUCAUGCAUUAUUCCUUCUUAUUUUUUCUCUUUCCUCUAUUGUCUUCCCAAUUACUUCAACAAGACAUGUAUUUAUAUUUUAAUCUUCUACGUUUCUUUUAAACACAUCCUUCCUCUAUCCUUUGUCACGUUACAUAUUCAAUUUCAUUGUUAAUAAUAAAUGUGUGUAUAUAGAGAA